AUGGCGAAGACGAAGACACCCGGAAGGACCGCCCCGAGGCCGACUCCUUUUGGAGAUGAUUUCCGAACGAGCAAGAAGGACAAGCGUCAGAUUAAGCACGCGGGGUUGAUGUCCAAAAUCGCCAAAAAUGCGACCAAGACCCCGAAGAAGCGUCGUGCCUCGAAGAAAUUGGUUGCCAACCUCGAAUCCCUAGCAGAUGCCUUGCCCGACGCUGCGGACGAGUCUCACGAUGCCGCAAGCCAGGUCAACGUGAUCAAACAGAACACCCUACGUCACAAGCCUGGCGCCCUGAAGCGCAGGGAAAAGAUCGAGAAAGUGGAACGGGAUCGAUUCGCGAAGAACAUGGCCCAGAUGUCUGGUCUGCAGGCCACAGCACCAAGUGGUGCCGGUGAGAACAACGGAGCCGCCGACUCCACGGCCAGUCGGUUCGCUGCGUUGCGAAACUUCAUCUCUUCGACGAUGGAGCAACAACCGGUUUUCCAGACGAACAAAUGA